CCUAGCCAAGCCCUGCCCAGAGGACCCUGCCUGCGUGGGGGGCGCCUGGCGAUGGCGCUGGUCAGCAGAUUGGUGCCCGCCCGUUUCCUGACCCUCACGGCCCAUCUCGUCAUCGUCAUCACCAUCUUCUGGUCCCGGGACAAUAACGUCCUCGCCUCGCUGCCCCUGCAGUACAGCCAGCAGCAGUACCAGCGCCAGGACGUGGAGCUGGUGGUGGCCCUGUCGGUGACGCUGGGCUUGUUCGCCGUGGAGCUGGCCGGCUUCCUGUCCGGGGUGUCCAUGUUCAACCACACGCAGAGUCUGCUCUCACUGGCUGCUCACUGCAGCGCCUCCAUCUGUCUCUCCUUCUUCGUCUUGGAGCGCUGGGAGAGCGCCACCUACUGGUACAUCCUGGCCUUCUGCAGCGCCCUGCCCGCUGCCUUCGAGAUCCUGCUCUUCGUGUCCGUCUUCGGGUUCAAGAGGAAGCCCCUGUGAGCCGGAGCCGGGCCCCUCGGGAGGUCUGUACCGCUGGCCCCACAGGCUCUGAGCCGGGUGGUGGAUACGCCGGACGGGGAGCUCGCCAGCGCUCGCCGCUGCUCCUCAGCCCUACAGACCUGGCGCUGGACGGGGGCAGCUGGUGAUGGGGUGGCUGCAUGGGGCAGUCAGGACCUGGUGCUCUGCCUCUAAGGGGCAGGGCUGAGUUAGCCCCAUAGGAGCCUGCAGUGGCCUGCACCAGGACACCCCAGUGGCAGCAGGCGGUACUGCACCCUGCAUCAGUCCCAUAGCAACCUGAAGCGCUCCCCCAGGAGACCCCCAUGGGCAACAAGCGGUACUGCACCCUGCGUCAGUCCCAUAGCAACCUGCAGCGCCCCCCAGGACACCGCAUUGGCAGCAGGAGAUACUGCACCCUGCGUCAGCCCCAUGGGACCUUGCAACGCCCCCGAGUGGCAGCAGGCAGUACUGCACUUGGCAGUGCGUCAGCCCCAUUGCACAGCAGUGAUAGGAUCAGUGGGGUGGAGCCCCUAAGGAGCGGCUGACGCGGCAAGGGAGAAGAAUUAUUCCUCUGUUUCUACCAGCUGCUCCCCCUCUGGCCGUGUCCCCCUCCCCACCCCAGGGCUGGGGCUGUGCCCUGGAGCCCGCCCUGCCCCGUGAAUAAACUGGCUUUCCU